AUGUCUCGGUCUUCGCCCUCUUCCACUCCUGCCUCCCUUCACUAUUCAAGAUUCCCCGGAUUCUUUGCAGGCAGUACUGCAGGCAGUAGGACAUGGUUGGCCAGUCCCGAGGCCGACCAGCACACAUGUUGCUUCAAAGGUGAAGGAGCGAUGCUGAUCACCGUUUGCGUGGAUGACGGCGUGAUGUCUCACUCGGACAAGUGGCACGGCGUGGCUGCAGGCGCGAGAGCCUGCUACGAGCUCGAGGUGCAUUCUGCCGUCGCGACGAGAAUGUGUUCCCAGUUUUCACCUCUUCUGUCCGCAUCCUGCUCGUUACCAUUUGGGCGCAGACCCCGCGCCGCGCAGACCCCUCGCGUGGACACUCCUGCGGGC